AUGCCACGUGGCCCUCACUCCCCUCCACUUCCAAUCCCUCCUGCCUUCCCCCACCCCACCACCGCCCGUGUCUGGUCCGUAUCUCCUUCUCUCCUUCCGCACCUGCCCCCCCUCGCCGCGUCCCUUGCGCAAUUGCCACCAUUGCGUCGCGCCGCGCGCUGUCCUCUCCAUCCCCCUCCCCUCCCCAUCCCCACUCUUCUCCCUGUUCCCACUCUUCUCCCCAUCCUCCCUCUCCUCCCAAUCCUUCUUCUCCUCCCCAUUCCACCUCUCCUCCCCAUCCCGCACCAGGCCGCGGCGGCGGGCGCGGGGGCGGCAGCGCCAGGAGGCGGUGAGGGGGCGGCGGGGGGCAGCCCGGCGGGGGCGGGGCUGGCGGAGCGGGUGGUGGCGUUUCAGCGCGCGUUCUGGAAAUUCCUCCGCCCGCACACCAUCCGCGGCACCGUGCUCGGCACCUCCGCGGUGGUGGCGCGCGCGCUGCUGGAGAGCCCGCAGGCGAUCGACUGGGGGCUGAUGCCGCGCGCGCUGAGAGGGCUGCUGGCGCUGCUGUGCGGUAACGGGUACAUCGUGGGCAUCAACCAGAUCUAUGACACCGACAUUGACAGGGUGAACAAACCGUUCCUCCCAGUGGCAGCAGGCGAGCUCUCCCCCACGCUCGCCGCGCUCCUCUGCCUGCUGCUCUCAGCAGGCGGCCUGGCAAUAGUAGCGCUCAACUUUGGGCGGCUGAUAACGGGGCUGUACGCGCUGGGGCUGCUGCUGGGGACCGUCUACUCGGUGCCGCCGCUGCGCCUCAAGCAAUACCCGCUGCCCGCCUUCCUCAUCAUCGCCACAGUGCGCGGGUUCCUGCUCAACUUCGGCGUGUACUAUGCCACGCGCGCUGCACUCGGCCUGCCCUUCGCCUGGAGCCCAUCGAUAGUGUUCAUAACGUGCUUCGUGACGCUGUUCGCCACCGUCAUCGCCAUCACCAAGGACCUGCCUGACAUCGAGGGCGACAGGCAGUUCAAGAUAGAGACGUUUGCCACGCGACUGGGGGUGCGCAACAUCGCCUUCCUGGGCUCAGGGCUGUUGCUCGCCAAUUACUGUGGCGCCGUCGCUGCCGCCCUGCUACUGCCACAUGCGUUUCGCCAGGCUGUCAUGAUUCCCGCCCACCUGCUCCUCGCUGCUGCUCUCGUCUACCAGUUUCAGCACUUGUUAUUCUCCCAGCCGUCAUCGCUGUUGACUCUGCUGCAAUCACUGCAUUCCCUUGUCUUCAACCGCACACCCCUCUUUGUGCCCCUCUCCCUGCCCAAUGUCACUCACCUCCAGGAUGCCAUUGCAUGCUUCUACCAGUUCAUUUGGAACCUCUUCUAUCUCGAAUACUGCUUGCUGCCAAUCAUCUAG